CCAAAUGCAUCCGUAUCUCGAAAACGCGCUCUGAGACCUCCGGAACCACCCUCAUUUUCGUCAGUUAUCCGGGGCAAUGAUCUUAAAGAGCCAGAAAAUAAAAAUCCGCGCAUGUCCUCUAAAGUUCCAAAAUCUAGCUCCUCCGACCCGGACUACAUUCCUAUCUUCUUAGAACCUGCCGUUAUAUCUAAACCCGAGACAAAAGUUAGCCACCCUGAACUCGUAGAAGAAGACGAGGACUUAGGAUGUGUCGGGGAAGAUGAUAUAACAGAGUCGACUGUGCGUAAAAUGACCGUCCUUCUGGAAAAACGCAUUCUAGCCAACCAGGAAGCACGCACUAAAUUCCCGGAUCAACCUACCAAGUUUAUGGAAUCAGAAAUUGAGCUUCAGGAAACGCUGGAAAGCAUGCAGAUUCUAGCAGCAAAGCCGAGUCUUUACAACGUCCUCGCGGCACAGGUGCGCCCCAUCCACUUGUUGCUCAACCUUCUAUCGCAUGAAAAUACAGACAUAAGUGUAAACAUCGUCGAUUUGCUCAAUGAACUCCUCAAGCCGGAUGGCCUGAGAGAAGCUGGCGCUGAAGCCGUGAACCCGCUAAUCGACCUCCUCUUCUCAAACCAACUGGUCCAUCUCCUAACCCAGAAUCUGGCCCGACUUGAUGAAUCCGUAAAGGACGAGGCUGAGGGUGUCCAUACUACCCUCGGGAUAAUCGAAAGCCUCUUGGAUGUGCGACCCGAUCUUGCUGUGCAAAUCGCACAACAGGGUAUCUUUGCCUGGAUCCUCCGCCGCAUCCAACGACGCACCUUUGACAAAAACAAGCUCUACGUCUCCGAGGUGCUUGCAAUCCUGCUCCAGGUUGAUGACGCUAACAAAACGCGUCUGGGUGAAAUGGAUGGCAUUGAUAUCCUCCUCCAACAACUGGCCGUCUACAAACGACACGAUCCAUCCACUCGCGAGGAGGCCGAAAUGAUGUACAAUCUGUUUGACUGUCUGUGUAGUUCGUUGAUGCUGGCUGGCAAUAAGGACAAAUUCCUGAAGGGUGAAGGUGUCCAACUAAUGAACCUCAUGUUGCGCGAGAGGCACGCUGCGAGGGAUUGUGCCCUUAAAGUACUCGACUACGCCCUGUCUGUCGUAUCCUCCCCAGCCACUUCGAAUGCCGAGGAAGGAAUUCAAAAGCGGAAGCCGUGGGAGGGUUCGAGGCUGCCGUAUCUUCCACCGACAUUUGCUGUGGGUUACGGCUACCUGCACCUGUGGAAGCUGACGCCUAUGCUGGCUUGA